GGGCUCCGGAUCGCGGAGGGUGCUGCGCCACCGUCUCGGUGUCGGCCCCCGCGGGCCUCCCCGAACCUUCCCCACCUCCUGGGCCCAAGGGACGUGGGCUCGAGCGGGCGAGCAGGGGUGAGGGAGCAGCCCCCGCCUGCGCCCCCUCUGCUCCCCCCGAGCCCCUUGACACUGGGCUGGGCAUCGCGGCCUGAAGUGCCCGGGAUGGCGAGCCCGCCGCUGCACGGGCCCCCGGCGCCGGCGGGCGGCGAUGGCCCCAACCUCAACAACAACAACAACAACAACAACCACAGCGUGCGCAAGUGCGGCUACCUGCGCAAGCAGAAGCACGGUCACAAGCGCUUUUUCGUGCUGCGCGGGCCCGGCGCGAGCAGCGAUGAGGCGACAGCGGGCGGGGGUCCGGCGCCGCAGCCUCCGCGGCUCGAGUACUAUGAGAGCGAGAAGAAGUGGCGGAGCAAGGCGGGCGCCCCGAAGCGGGUCAUCUCGCUGGACUGCUGCCUGAACAUCAACAAGCGCGCGGACGCCAAGCACAAGUACCUGAUCGCCCUCUACACCAAGGACGAGUACUUCGCCGUGGCCGCGGAGAACGAGCAGGAGCAGGAGGGCUGGUACCGCGCGCUCACCGACCUGGUCAGUGAGGGCCGCGCGGGUGCCGGCGACUCGGCCCCCACCGCGACCCACGCCGGGUCCUGCAGCGCCUCCUUGCCCGGCACCCUGGGCGGCUCUGCCGGCUCCGAUGACAGCUACGGGCUGGUGGCGCCCGCCACGGCCGCCUACCGCGAGGUGUGGCAGGUGAACCUGAAGCCCAAGGGCCUGGGCCAGAGCAAGAACCUGACAGGCGUGUACCGCCUGUGCCUGUCUGCGCGCACCAUCGGCUUCGUGAAGCUGAACUGCGAGCAGCCGUCGGUGACGCUGCAGCUCAUGAACAUCCGCCGCUGCGGCCACUCCGACAGCUUUUUCUUCAUCGAGGUGGGUCGCUCGGCUGUCACCGGCCCCGGCGAACUGUGGAUGCAGGCUGACGACUCAGUGGUGGCCCAGAACAUCCAUGAGACCAUCCUGGAGGCCAUGAAGGCGCUCAAGGAGCUCUUCGAGUUCCGGCCGCGCAGCAAGAGCCAGUCGUCUGGCUCCUCUGCCACUCACCCCAUCAGCGUCCCCGGCGCGCGCCGCCACCACCACCUGGUUAACCUGCCUCCCAGCCAGACGGGCCUGGUGCGCCGCACGCGCACCGACAGCCUGGCUGCCACCCCGCCGGCCACCAAGUGCAACUCCUGCCGGGUGCGCACGGCCAGCGAGGGCGACGGCGGCGCGGCGGCCGGGACCGGGGCGGCGGGCGGCAGGCCGGUGUCGGUGGCCGGGAGCCCCUUGAGCCCGGGGCCGGUGCGUACACCUCUGAGCCGCUCGCACACCCUGAGCGCCGGCUGCGGCAACCGCGCGAGCAAGGUAACGCUGGCGCCGGCAGGGGGCGCCCUGCAACACAGCCGCUCCAUGUCUAUGCCCGUGGCGCACUCGCCCCCAGCAGCCACCAGCCCAGGCAGCCUGUCGUCCAGCAGCGGGCAUGGUUCGGGCUGCUACCCGCUGCCUCCGGGCCCGCACCCGCACCUGCAGCACCCCCUGCACCACCACGCGGGCCAGCGGCCCUCCAGUGGCAGCGCUUCAGCCUCUGGCUCCCCCAGCGAUCCCGGCUUCAUGUCCCUGGAUGAGUACGGCUCCAGCCCUGGGGACGUGAGAGCCUUCUGCAGCCACAGGAGCAACACGCCUGAGUCCAUCGCCGAGACACCCCCUGCCAAGGAUGGGAGUGGGAGCGAGCUAUACGGGUACAUGACCAUGGACAGGCCCCUGAGCCACUGUGGCCGCCCCUACCGUCGAGUCUCAGGGGACGGAGCCCAGGACUUGGACAGAGGGUUGAGGAAAAGGACUUACUCCCUGACCACACCUGCUCGGCAGCGGGCGGUGCCCCAGCCCUCCUCUGCGUCCCUGGAUGAAUACACCCUGAUGCGGGCCACCUUCUCUGGCAGCUCUGGCCGCCUCUGCCCAUCCUGCCCCACGUCUUCUCCCAGAGUGGCCUAUCACCCUUAUCCUGAGGACUAUGGUGACAUUGAGAUUGGGUCCCAUAGGAGCUCCAGCAGCAACCUGGGCACGGAUGAUGGUUACAUGCCCAUGACCCCUGGAGCGGCCCUCAUGGGUGGUGGCAGUGGCAGCUGCAAGAGUGACGACUACAUGCCCAUGAGCCCCACCAGCGUGUCUGCCCCGAAGCAGAUCGUGCACCCACGGGUUGCUGCUGCAGCUCUGCCCCCCACCGGCCCUGCAGCAGCGCCGGCACCCACCAAUGUGGCCGGCAGGGCCUUUCCGGUGAACAGGGCCAGCUACAAGGCUAGCUCCCCGGCGGAAAGCUCUCCUGAGGACAGUGGCUACAUGCGCAUGUGGUGUGGCUCCAAGCUGCCUACGGAGAGCACCGACAGCAAGCAGCUUCCCAACGGGGACUACCUCAACAUGUCCCCCAGCGACGCGGGCACCGCGGGAACCCCACCCGACUUCUUCACCGCAGCCUUGCACGGCGCUGGAGAGAUGCUCAGGAGCGUCCCUGGCUACUGCUACAGCUCUUUACCCCGCUCCUACAAGGCUCCCUACACCUGCAAUGGGGACAACGACCAGUACGUGCUCAUGAGCUCCCCCGUGGGGCGCAUCCUGGAAGAGGAGAGGCUGGAGCCUCAGGCCAGCGUGGGGACCACGCACCCGGCCAGCAGCGUGGUGGCUGGGGUCGGUGGGGGCAGCCACGCUCAGCCUCCUCACUCCGUAGUGCCUUCUGCAGGGAGGCAGAGUGGCAGCGGCAGUGGCCGCCCCGAUGGCUUUUUGAGCCAGCGCUGCCGGGCAGUGAGGCCCACGCGCCUGUCCCUGGAGGGGCUUCAGACCCUGCCCAGCAUGCACGAGUGCCCUCUACCGCCCGAGCCCAAGAGCCCGGGCGAGUACAUCAACAUUGACUUUGGCGAGGCUGGAGCGCGCUUGUCUCCCCCCGCCCCUCCGAUGAUGCUGGCUUCCGCGGCCUCGUCCUCCUCGCUGCUGUCUGCCAGCAGCCCGGCCUCGUCCCUGGGCUCUGGCACCCCGGGCACGAGCAGCGACAGCCGGCAGCGCUCCCCGCUCUCUGACUACAUGAACCUGGACUUCAAUUCCCCCAAGUCACCCAAGGCGGAUACCCAGAGCGGGGACCCCGUGGGCUCCUUGGAUGGCCUCCUGUCCCCUGAGGCCUCCUCCGGGUACCCGCCGCUGCCCCCGCGCCCUGCCGCCCCCUCCUCCAGUUCGCAGCUGCAGCCACCUCUGCCACCCCCUCCAGGGGAGCUGUACCGCCUGCCUCCUGCACCCACAUCCCAGGGCCCCAGUGCUGCCUCCUCUUCGUCCUCGGAGACUGGGGACAAUGGUGACUACACCGAGAUGGCCUUUGGCGUGGCUGCCACCCCGCCACAACCCAUCGUGGCCCCCCCCAAGCCAGACGGUGCCCGCGUGACCAGCCCCACGUCUGGCAUGAAGAGGCUGAGUCUCAUGGAUCACGUGUCUGGGGUCGAGGCCUUCCUGCAGGCUGGCCAGCCCCCAGACCCCCACCGGGGGGCCAAGGUCAUCCGUGCAGACCCACAGGGGGGCCGCCGCCGCCACAGCUCUGAGACCUUCUCCUCCACCACCACUGUGACUCCCGUGUCGCCGUCGUUCGCUCACAACCCGAAGCGCCACAACUCGGCCUCCGUGGAAAAUGUCUCUCUCAGGAAAAGCAGCGAAGGGAGUGGCAGCGGCGUCCUUGGUGGAGGUGACGAGCCCCCUGCGUCCCCUCGCCAGCUGCAGCCACCACUCCCCCAGCAGGCACGGCCAUGGACACCAAGUCAGCCUGGGGGCCUGGUUGGCUGCCCCGGGGGCAGUGGCUCUCCCAUGCGCAGGGAGACCUCAGCUGGCUUCCAGAAUGGUCUCAACUACAUUGCCAUCGAUGUAAGGGAUGAGCCGGGGCUAUUGCCGUCUCCACAGCAGCAUCCACACCUGCAUCCGCAUCCGCAGCCAGGCGACAAGAGUGCCUGGGGCCGGACCCGUAGCCUCGGGGGUCUCAUCAGCACUGUGGGGGCCGGCAGCACCGGUGGGGUGUGUGGGGGGCCAGGCCCUGGAGCGCUGCCCUCCAACACCUAUGCCAGCAUUGACUUCUUGUCCCAUCACCUGAAGGAGGCCACCAUUGUGAAAGAUUGGUACAUACCAAAAAUAAGAGUGAAGACCUGCCUGGCUUCAUUACCACAACAUCACACAUCAGAGAAUCACAUGGAAAAGAAGAGGCUCAGCAUUUUAUAAACAUUUGAAGCUGCUUACAGUUGUUCCUUUGGAUCUGAGCAAUUACUUUGUUUUAAACAUCUGCGGCUGUACUAGACAUGAAACCAACAAGGCAAGAACGCCGCCUCCCUCACUGGUUCCCAUAGGGGGCAUUCAUCCUUGUGCUGUUUGUGUUGUGUUUUGUUUUGUUGUUUUAACACAAUUUGCCGAAGAAGUAAUUCUCAAGAUGAUGGGAUGUUUUCAUUGGCCUUUUAAAUUGUGGCCAGUGUCUUAAUUUCUUCUUACGUUCAUUUUGGCAAAGCCAGUUUGUCCCUCGGCAUGCUAGGAGAUUCUACCGAUACCCAUUAAAGUGGUAAAAUCUGGUAUUUACUGGCAUACACUCAAAACUACCACAGUCCUACCUCAGUUCCAGGUGAAGCCGGAUUUGCGGGGUUGGGGGCCGGCAGGACCUCCGUGUAUCUCUGCUGAAUGUGGCGCCAGUGUGGUCAUCAGCCUUAUUCAACUGGUCCCAGUACACAGCUGCUUGUUGGACUCCAAUCCAGGUUCCUGCGUGUUUACUCACAGACAGAGCCCACUGUGGGGCUGACGUUUCUCUAUGGGAAUGAAAUUUGUGAUUGGACGUUGAAGAUGGAUUAAUAAAUAAUAAUUAUAUGUAACUAAAGCAGCCUACUUUUGGAAAUCAUCAACUGUAUUGGGUAUUGGGGGUGGGAGGGGAGGUGUUGGGGCAGGGGCUGAAUAUCUCUUUUUAACAGAGUUGUUUAAUCUUCUCUAUGUAGAUGUUUAUGUGGGUACUUCAAAUUGCGAAAGCCUUUGAUCCUAUUUACAAGCUCAAAUGUCUCUGCUGUCCUUAAUCUUGAGCUUGCAUUUCUUUAACCAAAAACUCACCUAGGCAUGCCAGCAAUUCAAGGGUGGUCACUGGUUUAGCAGAGUUUUUAAAAAUGUAUUUAUUAUCUUAACUAUAAUGCUAUGGUGUGGGCCAACAAGGCUUCCCUGAACAACAGUACAACAAAACACGGGAGGGGGGUGGAGGAAAGAAACUGAUAAAAGAGGCAUUUCGGGCCCUGCGUUGUUAAUGGAAAAAGAAAAAAGAAGGAAAACAAUCUCACAGUACAUGUCACGUGUUGGCAAACUCCUGACCAGACUACGCUUACAUUUUCAGUGUUCUGAAAAUACCAGUGUUGUGUCGAUUCUCACAGGUGUCACCUAAAACUGCUGCCCUUGACCAGCAGAAAGUCAUGUCAUCUCGCUGCUCCCUUGACACGUGAUGGAGGGCUCCAGACCUUUUUCUCCCAUGGGUGCAUCCCCAGUGCCUAUCUUCUCUGAUAGUCCUGAAGAGGUUACACUAGUUCAUUGGAGGUGUGAACUUGUUAUUUUCUUUCUUUUUUUUUUUGGAGAAAAAAUUAUAUAUAAAUAUAUAGAUAUAUAUCGCUAUAGAAUAAUGCAUUACUAAAAAUGAGGCUUUUUUUAGAGGAAGACCAAAAAAUUCAAUGUCUUAAGAAUAUAUUUAAUGGCAAUGCAAACGUCUUCCUGCUUCCAUGCUGAACUCUUAGAACAGAGGAUUGUAUUGCAAGACAAAGUUGAAUGUAAAGUGAUCCCCCUGGACGUUUUUUAAAAGUUUUACUUUUCUAAAAUUACACAUCACAGCAGUGCAUAGAGCGUACGACGUUAGUUUGAAGGUCAAUUUCAGUGUAUAAUAGACAUACUUUAUAAAAAUGUAUAAAAUGUCCUAAAGUGUUGAUUUAGUCUUGGGACUAGGACUCGGGCGGUAUUUGCUAUGUGACUCCCCCAGGUACGUAGGACUGAAUAUGGGCCCUGCUGAAUACAGUGUAUGACGGCAUUUAAGUAGCUCUCUAUACUUAGAGUAGUCAUGCCUCUAUACCAAUGGUUCAUGUUCAUACUGCAACUUCAAACUAGCAAAUGAAAAGUCGGUAAUAUGCUAAAUGUUCCUCUAUCCUGUACAUUUCAAAAAAGGCAUAUGCAAUAUUUACAGUUUUAAUUUAGUUUACAGAAUGGAACCAAAAUGUAUAAAUGUUAUGUUUGCUAAAACUUCACAAUGUAUAUUGGGGUCUUUGUACAUUUUGCCUGACUUACCUUAAAUUUAAAAUAUUUUUUGCUAUAUAAACUUUAACAGUUAUUAAACAGUGUUUUCUUUUUUGGGUACGUAUUGUUUCUGAAUAUCAAGAUGUUAAAUAUAUUUCUUGCUAUUGUGAUAUGACAAAAGACUUAACUAAUCUUGCUCUGUCUUCCACUGUACACGCUGUAUAUAAGGGUCAAUGUGAUGCUGCUGGAGACAAGAAUAAAUGGAACUAGAAUAGUGCAUUGUAUUUAGUCUGUAUUGAUCAUGGAUGCUCUCCUUAAUAGCCAUAUGCAAUAAAAUAAAAUACAUUAUUUAUGAAAUGAA